UCACAUUAAAAAUGUCAGCUUUCAAAAACACAUUUUGCUUCAAAGACAUUUCAUUGAUACUUAUUUUUAUCUCAAUUUUUUUCAUUACUCUCAAUUAUCAUUCAUCCAUCCUCCACCAAUUAACCUCUUUCUCCUCCGCCUUCGCCACCGUCACCACCACCACAAAAAUAUCUCCGACCACCACCACCACCACCACCGUCAACCACCUUGUGUUCUCAAUUGCAUCUUCCUCUAAAACCUUUUCGAAACGAAAAGAAUUCAUCCGUUUAUGGCACAAACCUAAUUUUACAAAAACUUACGUUUUUCUAGACCACCCUUUGUCAGAAAAUUAUAAAUCUCCGAAAAAUACCGAUCUACCAUCGAUUCUUAUUUAUGAAAACAUGUCUCGUUUCCCAUAUACACAUCGUGCGGGUGCACGUUACGCCCUUGGCCUAACGUACAUGAUUAAACAAGUCAUCGCGCGUAACGAUUCUAACGUGCGAUGGUACAUUUUUGGGGAUGAUGAUACGAUAUUUUUUGUGGAUAAUUUGGUGAAAAUGUUGGGAAAAUAUGAUCAUAAUGAAUGGUAUUAUAUAGGGUCUAAUUCAGAGAGUUAUGUUCAAAAUAAUUAUUUUUCUUUUGAUAUGGCAUUUGGUGGUGGUGGAUAUGCAAUAAGUCAACCUUUAGCUAUGGUUUUAGCUAGGGUUUUGGAUUCUUGUUUGAUGAGAUAUCCAAGUCUCUAUGGAAGUGAUGCUAGGAUUUUCUCUUGUUUGGCUGAGCUUGGAGUAAGUUUAACACAUGAACCUGGUUUUCAUCAAGAUGAUUUAUGGGGAAAUUUAUUUGGAUUGCUUUCAUCACAUCCAUUAUCACCAUUACUUUCCCUUCAUCAUAUAGAAGAUGUACAAUCAAUUUUCCCUAACAUGACCAAAAUUCAAGCUCUACAACAUUUCUUCAAAGCUGCUAAUGUUGAUCCUGCAAGAAUAUCACAACAAACUAUUUGUUACGAUCGGGAAAACUCAUUAUCUAUCGCGGUGGCAUGGGGUUACGCGAUACAAGUAUAUGAGGGCAAUAUUAAAGUCCCUGAGCUUAUAACAGUUUUAAGAUCGUUUGAUUCAUGGGAUAAAGACAAGAGAAGACCAUAUUUUAUGUUUAAGACAAAGGUGGAAUCUAGGGGACCUUGCAAGAAAAUGGUUGCAUUUUUGGAUAGUGUUGAUUCAAAUGGAGAUAAAGUUUGGACUAAUUAUACAAGACAUAGAGUUGUGGGAAAAACUUGCACAAAAGAUGGCAAUAAAGUAAUCAAGAAUUUGGAAGAGAUUAGAGUCCACUCUAGCAAGUUGGAUACAAAUACUAGACAGGUCAGGGCACCACGUCGUCAAUGUUGUGACAUAUCAUUAUCGUCCCAGAAUUCCAUGGAUAUUCAUAUCAGACCAUGUGGGGUUGAUGAGUUAAUUACAAUGUCUCCCUAA